AAAACAACCUUCGUAAACAUCGAAACUAAUAAGCAUAUUUAACUUGUAAAUCGUUAAUAUAUUUAAAUUCUUCCAUAAAUUAUUAAUCGAUUGUUAAUAAUUAAUUUGCGAAAAUUAUAUUAUUGUAUGAAUACACAUACAAAAUAAUUACAUUAUAAAAUCUUUGAGUUGUUAACGUAAGCAUUUCAAAAGCAAGUGUUAAGUUGCACUGAGCGAUCAAACACGUGUUGAGAGAACAAAGAAGUGGCUUGUACAUGGUUGUGUUCAAGCGGAAAAUAGUCUUAACUGCGUAUUAAACUUGACUUUCACUUCAAUUCUUAGAUUUAUUAGAAAUAUUAUACACAAAUGGAAAAAGAAGAAACAGCUGUAGUUUGUCCAUAUGAUAAAAAUCAUAUUAUACAUAAAUCUCGUUUACAGCGACAUUUAAUUAGAUGUGCAAAGAAUUUUCCACCUAAAUUCAAAGAGACUUGUCCGUUUAAUGCAACUCAUUUGAUGUUUGCAUCUGAUUUAGAGAAACAUAUUCAAGAAUGUCCUGAUAGAAAAUACAUUGAGACGGAACGUUAUCGUUACACAUUAAAAAACCAUGGUUCUAUAGCAUCAUGCCAACAAUCUUAUGUAGAUCUUACAGUAGAUGAUAAUGAGACUUGGGAUUUAGCAUCAACACGAGAUGAUUUCAGUACUAUUGAGAGUGAAAGUAUUUGUGGAUUACCAGUACGUAAAGAAACAAGUACUCAGCCUGGUAGGAUGAGAGCACCAUUUACUCAAUCUCAAGUUAUGUUGAUGAAUAUUCCAAGCGAGGAUGCUAGAGCUGAGGAUUUGGAAUCAGUUACGAGCAGCGUAGGUCGUGGGAAAUUUAUCAAAGGAGGUCUUAUUGUACAAAAAAUUGGAAGAGGCAGAGGCAAUUUUUCUUGUAAUACACCAAAAGUUGGUGCAUCAGCUUUAGCUGAUACUGAAGAUACAGAAUCUGUUGUUAGUAGCAUUGGUCGUGGAAUGAUACAUCACAGAGUGAUGAGUGAUUCCAGAUAUGCUAGUGAUAUGGAAGACAUGAUAUCUGUAGUCAGUAGUGUAAGAUCCAGAUAUCUCUCUUAAAGUUAUAAUCAUAAUCAUUAAUGUCAUUUUCGUUUUGAAAUUAUUUUCAAUACAUCGAAAUGUUAGUUCUAUUUUAUUUACUUAAAGAAAUACUACUUCCAAAAAUUGUUUUUAAGGUUCUGAUACUUUUUUUUAAGAAAGUACUGUUAGAGAGUUUUCAUUUGAAUGAUUUAUUCAAAUAAUACUAUAGUAUAAAUAAUCAUUGUUUUUUUAGUUUAACACUUUAAUGAA